CAGCUGUCAAUUUCUCUGUUGUAAAACAAAAAAAAGUUUCGUUUUUCACGUACUAGUGUGUCGGUUUUGUUUAAAAUAUUUAAUAAAUUCAGGAAGUUCUGUACAGUGAUCCGUUUCCUUUAAUCUGAAACCCAACUCCAGUUGUUUGUGCAAUAGUGUUACACGUCUCAUAAUCCAAAACAACAGUGUUUGUUCAUUCUGGUCACAUUCGGUCCCGUGUGAUCUAUAAUGUGGGACUCGUCCGUGUUUCUUAGUACACUUACUCCAAAAUUUUACGUAGCUCUGACUGGAACAUCCAGCUUGAUUUCUGGUCUAAUUCUGAUCUUUGAAUGGUGGUAUUUCCGAAAGUAUGGAACAUCAUUUAUUGAGCAAGUUUCAAUCAAUCACAUCAGCCCAUGGAUUGGCGGUGGGGAGACGCCAUCGGAAAGCAGCACAAGUACCACGCCACCUACACAGAGUAUGCCCGAGUGCAAAGUUUGGCGGAAUCCAUUGAACCUACUGCGUGGAGCCGAGUAUCAACGUUUCUAUUGGGCUACUCAAAAGGAGCCACUAACCUUUUACGAUAUGAAUCUGUCCGCUCAGGAUCAUCAAACAUUUUUCACGUGCGAAGGUGACGCUGGGAAAGCGGAAUACGAGAUUAUGCAAACAGCGUGGCGCGAGCGGAAUCCAAUGGUACGUAUUAAGGCCGCCAACAACGCAAUUGAAAUCAAUCCGGAAUGUGCACCUGCUUACAUUCUGCUGGCAGAAGAGGAAGCAACCACCAUAAUUGAGGCGGAACGCAUUCUUCGUACUGCUUUGAAGGUCGCCGAAGGAAACUACAAAAAAUCACAGGCCGUCCAGCAUCAGGGUCUUAUUAUGGAAGGAAUUUUCCGCCGUGACACUAAUGUUUUAAUAUAUAUUAAACGACGAUUAGCCAUGUGUGCCCGGAAAUUGGGAAAAUUAAAGGAAGCGGUAAAAAUGUUCCGUGAUCUUACAAAAGAGAUUCCUCCGAUCAUGAACGUGUUAAACAUUCACGAGAAUCUACUAGAAGCUUUGCUGGAAAUGCAAGCUUACGCAGAUUGCCAAGCAGUUCUUGCCAAAUACGAUGAUAUAUCUCUUCCUAAAUCAGCGACUAUAUGUUAUACGGCCGCUCUGUUGAAAGCUCGGGUUGUUGCUGAAAAAUUCUCACCGGAUAUAGCUUCGAAGCGAGGAUUAACGCCAGCUGAGAUGAGUGCAGUAGAGGCAAUACAUCGAGCGGUAGAAUUCAAUCCCCAUGUGCCCAAAUAUUUGCUUGAAAUGAAACAGCUUAUCCUCCCACCCGAGCAUAUUCUGAAACGUGGAGAUUCAGAAGCUUUGGCAUAUGCAUUUUUUCACCUCCAGCACUGGAAAAACGUCGAAGGGGUAUUAAAUUUGUUACAUUGCACUUGGGAGGGUACAUUUCGGAUGCUUCCAUAUCCGCUGGAGCGCGGUCAUUUGUUUUAUCCUUAUCCAACAUGCACGGAAUGUGCAGAUCGAGAGCUUCUCCCCACGUUCCACGAAGUUUCGGUGUAUCCAAAAAAGGAACUGCCCUUUUUUAUACUUUUUACGGCUGGUCUAUGCUCAAUAACGGCUCUGCUAGCUUUGCUUACUCAUCAAUAUCCGGAGUCCAUGGGAAUUUUUGCAAGCACCACACUUAAUUGGUUUUCUCUGCCGUUCCACUUUGUCAAGGAACGGAUUGAAACCAUUUGGCCCUGCAAUUUGCUCCAGCAUUUAUCACGAAUUUAAACAUACAUCAACUCUGUCGCGUUCUGUUUCUCGUACUGCCUGUCCUGACAUCAGCUCUCGCAUGUUCUAUUAUUUAUUGUUUGUGUGGACCGCUAAUUUUUUGCCUGUCUCAACAACCAUAAGCCAUAUAAUUUUGUUUUUUUUUGAUCAAAUGGAAUUGAUGUAAUUAAUAUUAACUGGAAAGCACGACAGCAGCAGGCAGAAAUGUGUUUAAACUAAAAUAUGUACUCUCUAACAAUACCGAACGCUACUUACGCAGAACCAUACAAGUACUACUUAAGGGUCGAACCUGUGAAUACAAGAUAUUUGUAAAGAGUGGUGGAACUAUCAUAACUCGUCGUCUCGUUAUGUGUAUUUGUGGUAAAAAUAGUGAGAAAUAAUACAACAAUUCGGCCACAGUCAAGGCCAGAGUCAUGAAAUAAAAA